GUCGGCAGUCGACGAUGCUCCUCUGCUCCCUCCGAGCAACCCUCCUCAUCUCUCUGGUCGUUCUCUUAGAGGCAGGGCAGCCGAGGUCCAGGGGAAGGGGAUCCAGGUGGUGGAAUCUUGCGUACUCUGUGGAGGUGUCUAAUCUGGUGGUCGACUACCAAAGGACGAACGCUGUGAGUGGCAGGGGCGUAGCCCCGCCCCUCACCCUGCGCAAGAAGCAAAGGCGAUUAGUGCGAGACAAUCCAGGGGCCAUGACAGCCAUCAGCAGGGGCGUCCGGCUCGCCAUCUCCGAAUGCAAGCACCAGUUCCGCAAAAGGAGGUGGAACUGCCCCACGGCGGAAUAUCCGAGGGGAAGGAACAUAUUUGGAAAAAUCGUCCAGAGAGGUUGUCGAGAGACUGCCUUUCUGUAUGCCAUUACGAGUGCUGGCGUCACACAUGCCAUGGCACGCGCCUGCAGAGAAGGUCUGAUCAGCUCUUGCAGCUGUGACUACAAACGCCGAGGUCCCAGUGGUCUGGACUGGGAAUGGGGCGGUUGCAGCGACAACAUAGACUUUGGGUCCAAAUUCUCCAGACAGUUCGUAGACGCGGCAGAAAGAGGCAAGGACCUAAGGUUCACAAUGAACUUGCACAAUAACGAAGCUGGAAGAACGCACGUUAUUGCUGGAAUGCGCCGUCAGUGCAAGUGCCAUGGCAUGUCCGGCAGCUGCACCGUCCAGACCUGUUGGAUGCAGCUUCCACCCUUCCGAGCUGUGGGAGAUGGAUUGAAAGACAGAUUCGACGGGGCCUCUCGAGUCCUGGUCACCAACAGAGGGAACGUGAGGAGGAGAGCCCUCCUCAAGCCUUACCAUCCAGAACACAAGCCUCCAUCCAAGAAAGAUCUCGUCUAUUUUGAAAAUUCGCCAGACUUUUGCUUCCCUGACUCCAGUCUGGGGCAUGGUGGAACAGGUGGUCGAAUCUGCAAUGUAACGUCAAUAGGCGUUGACGGCUGUGAUCUGAUGUGCUGUGGUCGAGGAUAUAAAUCUGAAUAUCGCGAAGAAACAAACCGAUGCAACUGUACCUUCCACUGGUGUUGCCAGGUGGAAUGCAGGACGUGUAAAGCAAGAAAACUGGUACAUUCAUGUUUGUGAUCAUAGAACAAAGAUGCAACUGUUUUUGCGCACAUUUCAUUCCAAAGUUUGGAGUUUGGUUAAAACAAGAAUAGAGGAUCUGUAGAAAAUGUUUUCUUUGCUUUGUUCUAAUGAAUGAUUAGCAAAAGAUUAUUUGUUUUCGUGUAAUAAUGUAUUAUAGUUUCGUGCUUUGGUGUAAUUUCAGAUUAAGCUAUUACAUCAUUGCUUGCGUUUACAUUGUAAGAAAAAUUGAAAAGAGCCUUUUCUUCAAUUUCUUUUACAACUGCUGAACUGGUAUGGAUAUUAAAUAACUCAAAAUAAUCAUGUGCAGGGCACAUUUAUCCCACCUAUAUAUCUAUUUGAAUGUUACUGACUGAUUUAUAGAAAAAAGAACUACAGUUUUAUUUUCAGUCCAACAGUUUCCAUCUGUGCCAAUAUUAUGAAUACAAUUAUUUUAGAACUUUUUAUUCUAUUCUGAAAAGUAAUUCAAAACAAUUAAAAAAGAAAUUGUUUUGUCAGUCAUUAUGCAAUUGUGAAUAUUCUUUCAGCCGUAAAAUAAGUGAAAAAUUAAUUCAAUAGAAUUUUUCCUUAACUAAAAGGUCUGUGCCAGUUUUUUUUUAAUAAUAAUUUUUUAAAUACAAAAAAUCGAUUGCACAUUUUGUGCAACUGAAAAAUUAUUUACAAUUUCGAAAUCGUUUGGAUCUCUAAGCAAUUAAUCAUCAUUUUCAGUCAAGAAAUCGUUUGCAAUUUUAAGCAAUUAAACAUUAUUUUCAGUUAAGAAAUCGUUUGUAACUGUAAAGAAUUAAACAUUAUUUUCAGUCAAGAAAUCAUUUGCAACUCAAGCAAUGAAGAAAUUAUUUUCAGCCACUCAGUUGGCUGUGUUUUUUUAGCAAUUAAGAAAUCAUUUCAAGUUUUAUGCAAUCUAAUGCUUUUUUGAUGGAAAUUCGUGUAAUAUAGGAUAAUACCUUUCGGGAACGCCUUAGUGAAGAGCUUACAUGCAUUCCAAUUUCAUUUAAUACAUUAAUUUGAUAUAAGAAUGUUGAAAUACAAGGAUAUUUGAUUUCCUUUUCUAGAGCAUUUGUUUGAUGCUUUGAUUUGCAUUAUUUUUGCAAAAAAUGUUUCCUUAUGCAUUCAUUUCAAUUCAUCCAUGAGAAAUGUAUUGAUUUGAUGCUGAAUGUACAGAACUCUAAAAUAUACAAGAAUGCCUGCAGAACAAUUUAGAUUGUAUAUUCUUGAAAAAUAUAUACUAUGUACGUUUUGUGCUUUUUAAAAGGUGGCUGGCAGAUUCUUGUACAAAGAGAAUCAGAAAGUAGUAUCCAUUUUUAUUAUUUAAGGUAUUAUAUAAGAGCUAUUUUUGUAGGACUUCAGCAAUAUUUAAUUUAUUAAUGCUCUUAAUACUUGCUUUUAAGAGUAUCGUUGAAAUGAGCUUCAUGUAUUUUCUAAGAGGACUUUUUAAUGUUACGAAAACUGUUCUUCUGUGUAGUGUGUUAUU